AUGCGCAGUGCGAGUAUUAAUACCAAAAAAGUCACCUGUGACCCCAGGUUGACCUCCUGCCGGGCCUUGUUAGACUUUGAGUCGGAGCUGCGGGUUCGCCCUCCUAAGGCUGCGUCACUCUAUUGGCAAUCGGGAAGUCUUGGGCUUUCUUCUUGUUUCGUUUUCCGGACUUGGGACUACUGCCGACCCGCGCCGGUGACGGCUUCGUGCGCGACCCCUCUCCCGGCCGGCGGCGUCUGUGUUGGGUGCCGUUCGCGCCACCUUCCCUCGGCUCGCUGUUUUCACGGUCGCGUCGCUAUGGAGGGCUCUCACUGCUGUGUGGCCUGCGGUUCCCUCCUUGGGCCGUCCGACACCCUGAACCGGUGUGCGGCUUGCCGUGGCCUAUCUGACGACCCACGCGGGGGGUUUGCGGAUGUUUGUUCGUCCCCCUCCCCCGUCGUGCUCGGGGGCCCGUCCGCAUCUGAGACGCGGCCCCCUUCUGGGCUUAGGCGCUCGAAGCGUCGCGGUCCUUCGGCUCCUCCGUCCGGCCCCCGUCCGAAGAGAUCGAAAGUUGACGAGCUGCUCGCCUCUGAUGUCGAGCGGCUGCGCAGGGAGGUGGCUGAGUUGCGGUCUCUAUUGGGUGACCGUCCCCCGGGUGACUCAGCGGCUGCUUUUGAUCCGCGUUCGCCUGGCAUGCCCGACCUUGACCUGGAGGCCGAUGCCGUCUCGCUGGCGGCUUCGGCUUCCAUGUUCCAUGAUGACGUGGGUGAGUCGGCGUUUGUGCCUUCGGAGCUCGGCUCCUCGUCCUCUGCGCUGGGCUCGUCAGCCGGCUCCCCUGACGCUUCCAUACUGGCGGUGCUGCGCGGCGCGUUGGCGCGUCUACAGCUGGACUUGCCUCAACGGCCCGCUUCGGCGCCGGCGAGCGUAUUUUUUCGGCACCAGCGGUCCGCCCCGAAUUUUGCGGUCCCUGCUUCGGCCGACUUUGUUAGGGAGCUCCAUGCGGGCUGGAGGGAUCCGGCGGCUCUCUCUCGUCUUUCGGCCGAUGGUCGGGCUCUGGCGGCCAUGCAUGAUCCGGCCGCUGUGGGCCUGGACCGCAUGCCGGGUGUUGAGCCCGCCAUUGCAUCCCUCAUCGUGUCCCCUGAGGAGUCUCUCCGCCCGGUUGUGCGGUGCCCUCAGCCACAGGGUCGGCUGACGGAUGAACUCAUUCUCCGGGCCUAUGGUGCCGGUGCGCGUGCUGGGCGCAUCGGUAAUUCCAUGGCUCACCUCUUGUUGGCCCUCUCGGCGUCCUUGCCCGAGAGCGGUGCUGACACCUCUGCCGUGGGCUUCUGCGACGCGGCGUUGCACGCGUUCGCCCUGGUGACGCGGGAGCUCGGGCGGACGAUGUCCUAUCUUGUGCAGGCUCGUCGUCAGGUGUGGCUUGCUCAGUCCCCCCUGACUGAGCCUGCCCGGAGGACGCUCCGUGACGUUCCGGUUGAACCCGGCCAUCUUUUUGGCUCGGCGGCGGUGUCUGCCUUGGAGAGGACUAUUUCGGUGGGCUGGGGGCUCCCUCUGCUGGUUUUCGUCCUCGCCGUGCGGCGCACCUUUCCCCUGAUGGGGGCUAUGGUGCCCAGCCAGCCUCCCGGCAUUCAGCCGAUUCCUUUCGUGACCCCGCCCGCUUGCCUCCACGUCGGGCGCAGGCGGGGCCUCCCGCCCGCCAGCCCCCCAGGGCCCGUCGGGGCCGGAGGGGCAGGGACUGAGGCCGUUGGGCCGGCCGUCGGAUUUUUUUCCCACCAGCAGCUCAGGUACUGGGCUGCUCGAGUUUCGGACCCCUGGGUGAUAUCCACCUUGACCCAUGGGUACGUGCUCCAGUUCCGACGCCGGCCCCCCGUGUCCCGCCGGGUCCGGGUGACUACUGUCUCGGACCCGGCGAGGGCUCUGGCUCUGAGCCGGGAGCUGUCUUCUCUCCUGGCCAUGGGGGCCAUCGAGCCUGUGGAUCCCCGGGCUUGCCCCCGGGGUUUUUACUCAACUUAUUUUCUGGUUCCGAAGAAGACCGGCGGUUUUCGGCCGGUUCUGGAUUUGCGGGGCCUCAAUCGGUACCUGAAGGUACUUCCGUUCCGCAUGUUGACCGUCGCGGAUGUAUUGCAGGUGGUCGCCCGGGGGGAGUGGUUCACCUCCGUGGACCUGAAGGACGCCUACUUUCAUGUGCCGGUCGCUCCUCGCCACAGGCGGUUUCUCCGCUUCGCCUACAGGGGUCGCCACUGGCAGUUCAGGGUGCUCCCCUUCGGGCUCUCCCUUUCCCCAAGGGUGUUCACCCGUGUUGUGCGGGCUGGUCUGGCUCCCCUCCAGUCGGUGGGCAUGAAGAUUCUGCCCUACCUCGACGACUGGCUGCUGUGUGCGCCGUCGCGCGCUCAGGCGUACGGCGAUACGGCAGUCCUUCUUGCCCACGUGGAUCGCUUGGGCAUCAGGGUGAAUUUGGGGAAGUCGUGUCUGGUUCCUUCCCAGCAGGCGACCUUCCUCGGGGUGUCUCUGGACUCGGUGGCCAUGUUGGCUCGACCGUCGUCCCGUCGGGUGGAGGCCGCUCUUCGCCUCCUCUCGCAUUUUCCGGUGGGUCAGGUACGUCCGUAUCUGACCUUUCUGCGUCUUUUGGGCGUGCUGACGUCCCUGACCGCGGUCGUGCCCCUUGGUCUUCUCUUCUUGCGCCCCCUGCAGCGUUGGCUGAAUGGCUUUCGCCUGGACGCCAGGCGGCACCGACGACGGUUACUGAGAGUCUCCGGCCGGUGCGCGGUGGCCUUGGCGCCGUGGAGGAACGGGGCUUUCUUGUUGGAGGGCGUUCCAUUGGGGGUUGCCCCAGUCCGUCGCGAGGUGGUCACUACGGACGCCAGUCGCUUGGGAUGGGGUGCCGUCUGGCAGCGCAGGGCUGCUCGGGGCAGCUGGUCUCUGCGGGACCACGCUGUCCACAUCAACGUCCUGGAGCUGCGUGCGGUUCACCUGGCUCUCCGGCACUUUUACCCUUUCCUACGGGGAAGGCACGUGCUGGUGCGUUCAGACAACGCUGCCGCCGUGUACCACAUCAACCACCAGGGGGGCACGAGGUCCGCUCAUCUCUUGGAGGCCUCCCGCCGUCUUCUUGUGUGGGCGGCCCCUCGUCUUGCGAGCCUGCGGGCCGCCUAUCUUCCCGGCCAGUUGAACCGUCUGGCGGACUCCUUGUCCCGCCGUCGCCUCCCGCCGGGGGAGUGGCGCCUCCAUCCCGAGGUGGUGCGCGCGAUUUGGGGAGUUUUCGGCCAAGCCGAGGUGGACCUCUUCGCCUCCCGGGAGUCGGCCCAUUGCCCUCUCUGGUUUUCCCUGGGGGAGCGCUCCAGCCCUCUCGGUCAGGACGCGCUGGCCCACCCCUGGCCGAGGGUCCUGCUCUACGCCUUCCCGCCGCUCCCUCUGAUCUGGCUGACGCUUCGGAGGGUGUCUUUGGAGGGGCACUCAUUGCUGCUGGUGGCCCCCUUCUGGCCGGCUCGCCUAUGGUUUCCCCUGCUGCGCAGCCUGUGUGUCGGCGAGCCUUGGUGCCUCCCCGAGAGGCGGGAUCUACUGUCCCAGUUGGGGGGCCAGUUAUGGCAUCCCGAUCCUCGCCGUCUCCGCCUGCACGUCUGGCCGCUGAGGGGACCGACUCGCUGUUUGACGCCUGCUCGAGUUCAGUCAGGCGGACGCUUUUGAACGCCCGGGCGCCCUCCACCCGGCUGCAGUACGCUGGCCGGUGGAGGUUGUUCGUGAAGUGGUGCGGGGACCGUGGGGAUGACCCGGUCUACGUCGCUGCCAUCUCUGCUCAUCACGCCAAGGUCUCUGGUGGAUCUGUGGGGAACCACGGCCUGGUCGCUACAUUCCUCAAGGGGGCUCUGAGGCUCCACCCCCGCAGGUGUCCUCGCGCCCCGGUCUGGGAUCUGCAGC